AUGCUCCAAUGUAGCCGCUUUUUGCGUCUUUGUUCGAUUCUACGCGGCCAUUGCCGCGUAGCGAGGCGCAGCUUCGUUGGCAUUGACCGACCUGUUCCGGAAGACUUUGGCCAUGAGGCAGCAGUUGUUGGCACCGAGCCCAGUGCCUCCUUCGGCGCUCUGCAGGUCCCCGAAGCCAACUUGGCGUCGUCUCUGGAUUCUUGCUCGAGUUGUGAGGACGUCUGCAGCGUAUUCAAGGAGCGACGACCGCGCCUGAAACCGGCAGAACUUAUAUUACUGCUGUCCCGCGUUGUACAGUUAGGCUGCCGCCAGCGCCGCGAUGCUGAUCAGGCGCUUUGUGAACUUUGGCCGCGCACAGACUUCUGUCUGGUGGCGUUAUGCUGUCUGCAUGGGCGACAUGACGUCAUGCACCUUCCGAGCGGCGUGGGUGACAUGUACACCGACGUGAUUUCGCGCAUCGACUGCUUCUCACCAACGGAGCUGCUAUACUUAGUACGCAUGGGCGCGUACAUCCGGGGGUAUCAUAAUCGCAUAUUACGUUCCCACUGCGAACGUAUCCUUUCUACAUCGGCGUGGCGUCUGGACUACACGGAUCUGUGCCGCACCGCAACAGUGCUGGCGUGCUCUAGUGACAGUGUGCCAUUUGCUAAGCUUAUUGGCCAUGUCUGUGUGAGCAGGCUUUUGGAGCUUCCACAAUGUCAGCGCAUGAUGGUGUUCGGUGCCCUGGCUGCUGCGAAGCACGGUUCCACCCUGUUUCUGCAAAGUUGCGUACGCCACGCAUUGAACAGGAACGUAUUCACAGGCACCGACGCAAUCAAGGCGCUUGUAUGUUACGCACGCAAACCUUCCGCAUGUUCGCCGGCUGUAUUUGAGAAUCUGCUUCGUCGUUGCGUGGAUCUGGACCUGUCGUGCCUCGAGCCGCUUGAGCUUUGCGACCUGCUGUGGGUGACGUGCAAGUACUCCGACAUGAGUCGAGAGAUGUUUCAACGUUGUGAGCCUCUGCUGCUACAGCACUGCGCUACUUUGCCUGGCCGGAAUGUAUCGAUGCUUUUGUGGGCUUUGGCGGAUUCCGGGUUUGAGUCCCCCGCAUUGCUGUCGGCUCUGGAGUCAGCUGCCACCGCAUCAGCCGCUUCAAUGUCUCCCGCUAAUGUGGCGUUGUGCGUCAACAGCUUGUCCCAAUUAAAGGGCGCAGGCGAGGCAUCUGACUUCCACGUCAAGAUUGAGGAAGAGGUGAUCGCCAACAUUAUGCACUUCAACGGCCUGGACCUCGCGAUGCUUGCCGAGGGCUAUGCUCGUCUUGGUCUGGGUUCUGCAACGUUGCAUCAGUGCAUCCAGGAAUCUGCCCUCCGUUAUGCGGACGAUUUGCCCGCAGAUUGUUUGUCGAAGCUGCUGUGGUCCUAUGGCCACCUGGUUGGGAGGGAGUCGUUUUUUGCUGGCUUGCAGUUCUCUCUGCUGCAACGCGUGAACCAGUUUAGCGCGCAUGAGUUGUGUCGUGCCCUGUGGUCGUACGCGGUGCAGCGUUUCUUCGACGUGGCCUUUUGGAACAGCUGCCUCACCUUACUCGACGUCAACCAGGUGCGGGGAAAUCGUCGGUGUUCGCUGCUUUAUCCCGCUCUCGCAGAUCUCGUUGCAGUGCGUAAGGAGCUGUUGACUGCUGACGUGCUCCGUUUGAUCAACCUUACCAAGGGCAUGUUCAUGAACGAUGAAUUGGCGUCCUACUGUGCCGACACUGGCGAACGCCUGGCGCGCGCACUUGGUUCACUGAACAUUACCGCGUCUACUGGCGAUGUGUUUGAAGGUUUCUUGUUGGACGCCUCCUUCGAGCAUCAGGGCGUCCGGCACGCCGUGCUGGUGUAUACACGUGCGAACACGGUGGAUUCCGGUUCUCGACCCUCCGGCGGCAUGAUCCUGAAGGCGCGUUACCUGCGGCGCCAUGGCAUCAAAGUGCUCCACGUGUUGCGUGACGCUUUCAUGGCAAUGGACGAGAACCAGUGCGCCGCCCUUCUGUCCCGCCAAUUAUCGUGA